GUGAAUGAAGUUGUGGAUUUUGAUGGUGAUGUGAUGGUAAAUCAGAAGUCUGGUAUGUUGAAUUCUCCUAUUUAUAUUGAGGAACAACCUGAGUUGGUUCGCUCUGGGGCUUCUCAAGCUACUCAAGUGAAUGUUGUACCAAAGAAUCAAGUAUUUUCAAAAGUUGAUGUUAUGACAGAGACAAUGCAUGUGGAGCUAGAGAGGAAUUUGAAUGAGGUAGUUGCUGAAGUCAAGGCCUUAAAUAAUGAAGAGGUAAUUUCUUCUUCUCCUAUCAUUUUGUUAAAUAAUAAUGCUGAUGUUGUUAUUAAUAAGGAGAAUGAAUGUAUUGAUAUUGAGAUUUUGGGGGCUAUGGAUUCUUCUAUUAUGAAGUGUGAAAGGGAGAAUAAUGUG